AUGGCCACGCUCGCAGUGCUGUCGGAGGACUCGAAACUAGAGAUCUCCAAAUGUGUGAUGAUGGCACUGGUGCAUGAUCUUGCUGAAGCGCAAGUUGGCGAUAUCCCACCGAGAGAAGGAAUACCAAAGGAGGAAAAGCACAGACUAGAAUCCGACGCUAUGCACAACAUCGUGCACGACAUGAUUCAAAAUAGCCCAGCUGUGCAGAAAAUCGACGCUCUCUGGAUGCAGUACGAAGACGGACAAUCUCCUGAAGCUAAAUUCGUCAAAGACCCUGCUCCCAUCGACAUCUUCUAUCGCAAAUCCGGUACCCUCCCAUCUAACUCUAGAGUAUGA